AUGUUGUCAUUGUUUCCGUUUAAAUUGUCCCAUUCCUCUUCUUCCUCGUCCAAAAACCAGCAAGGGAGCAGUGAAGUAAAGGAUGAAUUCGCCUUCAAGUUUAGAGAGACAGAAAAUGAGUUCUUAGAUAUUGCGCUGAUGGGGAAAAGUAAGAAUAAGAGCCUGGCCAAGAAGACGGAAUUGAGGGAUCAGCAUUCCUGUAACUUGACCGAGUUACCAAGAGAAUUGCAAGAGGAAGUAGACCUUUCAGUUAGUGAGAUGAUUGAGUUUCAAAACCAUGCCUCUGGUAGGACUUUCGUGGAUGACAAAAAAAGAUUGGAAUUGCAACAAAAAUUGGAUAACGUCAGGGCAGGCUAUUAUAGUAGAAACUUGGAGCAUGUACCAUUACAUCAGUUCAUUCCAGAUGAUUACGCUUUAGACUCGUUUGAAGAGGAAAAAUUUGACCCAAAACUGUUUCGUAAAAUCAAGGUCGAUAAAAGAAGAUCCAAAAAUAUCCUGUUCUCUAAGGCAAACAGAGCUUAG